AUGGAACGUCCCUCUACACCACCGUCUGCGUCCCGGCCUUCACGGAUCGUAUCGCCACCCACCCCGGAGGUCACAAGGCGAAUAGAGGAGAACCGGCUCCGGGCGAAAGCGAUUCGAGACCAACGAGAAGCCGAGCAGCGCGCAUCCGGCAAUGCGCCCGAAAUCCCCAAGACGGCCGCGGGCUUCGUGCCGACGGAGAACGUGCACAUUAGCAAAACGGCAAACGGGAAACGACCGUACAACUCAAUCUCGACCGGCGAGGCCUCAACGGGGACGAAUCGCGAUGGGCGAAACAAAGGCGCUGAGGAGGCGCUCCGGCCGGCGAAGAAGUUUACAAAGUUUGUCGAUUACGACAUGAGUGCCAUGACGGAUACGAAGGGUGGUUUCCUGACCACGGAGGACGAUCCUCACAACUACGCGCUCGGCGGCAAGAAGCCCGGUCAGUCGGAUGAUGACCAGAGACCAAAGCACAUGAGCGUCCAGGAGUGGGAACGGAUGCAACUGAUACGCAACCUCAAGAGGCUAAAAGCUGGACCUUUCGAACCAGGACUGAGUGUACUGGAAGACGAGGAGAAGAGGAAGAAAUGUCAGGAGUGCAAGAGCCUGGAGAUUGACUUUGUCUGGGAAGAGGUGUUCCAUCUCUGUGUGUGCAACAAGUGCAAGGAGAAGUUCCCAGAAAAGUAUUCACUCCUAACCAAAACGGAGUGCAAGGAUGACUACCUGCUUACGGAUCCUGAACUACGAGAUCCUGAACUCCUUCCCCAUCUCUCCAAGCCCAAUCCGCACAAAUCCCACUGGCACGACAUGAUGCUCUUCCUGCGGUGCCAAGUGGAAGAAUACGCCAUCAAGACGAAAUGGGGUUCGGCGGAAGCACUAGACGCCGAGUACGAACGACGAGAAACCCAGAAGAAAGCCCGCAAGGAAGCCAAGUUCAAGGAGAAGCUCAUGGACUUGAAACGCAAGACGCGGACGGAUGCGUUCCGGCGGCAGGCGGGAACGCUGAGCAAAUCCGGGGCGAGCAAGUUUGGCGAUGCGAUAGGGGGCGGCAAGCAUGUACACGAGUGGGGACGCACGGUGGAGAAUGCGGAUGGGAUGACGGUCAAGACUUGCGUAGAAUGCGGGAUGGAGGUUGAGGAGCUGGAGUUUUAA